GUAGCGGGAUUACAUUCUUCCCCGAGGGAUCCCAUCUGAGGCUGUGGAGCUGCUCUGUCCCCAUCCUGAUUCUGAUCUAUUGAGGCCGCACGUUGGCCGGGGCUGUGGCUUUGGCCAGGCGGGAGGAGAGCCCUGGACAUCCGGGGUCUCUCGUGGGGUGGCAUCUCUCGUCACAAAUGCCGUGUUUGGAGGAGGGAGAGAAUGUCUCCCUUCUGUGAGCCCCUAGAACCUGCUUCAUCCUGUGCUUCCUGCUUGGGGCUUGGGAGAAACCGUUGUUUCUUGCUAAAUCAGGCUCAUUAUCCCGAUGGGAACGACGGCCAAGGAGGAGAUGGCCCACUUCUGGGAGAAGAACACUAAGUCCAACCGCCCCUUGUCCCCUCACGUCACCAUUUACAAGUGGUCCCUGCCCAUGGCGAUGUCCAUCACGCAUCGCGGCACUGGCGUUGCGCUCAGCUUAGGAGUCUCCCUCUUCGGCCUGGCUGCUCUGCUGUUGCCAGAGCAGUUUCCCCACUACUUGGCCAUGGUGAAAUCCCUCAGCCUGGGGCCUGCGCUCAUCUACUCUGCUAAGUUCGCUCUGGCUUUCCCCUUCACGUACCACACCUGGAAUGGAGUCCGGCACCUUGCCUGGGACUUGGGGAAGGGGUUCAAGAUCCCCCAGGUCAACCAGUCCGGUGUGCUGGUCCUGAUCCUGACCCUGCUCUCCUCUGCCGGCCUUGCAGCGAUGUGAAGGCGCCUCCCUGUCCAUGGCCUCCCUUUUCCUGGAAGAUUUGCUCUGUCCUGGCCCACCUCAAGCUGUGGUGGAGAGGGAGGUGGGAACACAGGCUCCUGAGUAAGGAUCAAUCUCUAGGGAAGUCAUGCUUCCCCUCCUUGUGAUUUUCUGGAUGAUCAGUGCUGCUUUUUGAUA